AUGUCGGACCCUACUACAAACUAUGGUGUUUUCAACAGCGUGGACGAAUUACUCAUUGAGCGCGCAAAUGAAAACAACAACGAGCCUAUCAUCGCGUAUCCAAAAUCAGGUGACACACUUACAGACUUCCAAUAUCUUACGGCAAAGGAGGUCACUAGCCUCACAGAUGUUGCGGCCCAGAAACUCUUGUGCCAAGGUCUGAGGCAGAUCGAGGUCCAUGAAGCGGAGGUGAUCGCUCUGCUGGGCCUAUCUGACUUGGACUAUAUGAUCACAAUGUUUGGCCUGAGCCGGCUAGGUUAUACGGUGUUUCUGCUCUCCCCUAGACUCGCAACGGAAGCGUAUGCGAGCCUGCUCAGGGAGACUGGGUGCAAAAUUGUAUGUUAUGGCCCAGAGCUGGAAGCAACUGUGAGCAAAAUUCGUGACGUUGAGGGUUUAUGGCUGCUACCGAUCCCGGGAAGAUGCGAUGUCGAUAAUGUCGCUACUAUCAAACCUCCAACCAAAAGCGUGGACAACAAGAUCUCUGCGAAGCGCAAGGUGGCCUUUAUCCUGCAUUCCUCAGGAUCGACGGGCUCACCGAAACCCAUUUACCAAACUCAUCAAUCGUGUCUCGAGAACUAUUCAAGAGGAAAUGGCCUACGCGGGCUGUUGACAGUGCCACUUUUCCACACGCAUGGUCAUGCAUGUUUGUACCGAGCGAUGUUCAAGCGGGCGACGCUUUAUUUAUUGGACGCAAGGCUGCCACUGACAUCUACGAACCUGAUUGCCGUGCUGGAGGCUGUCAGACCUGCGGUUAUGUUUGCUGUGCCAUACACCCUGGGCCUCCUCGCAGAAACGGAACGCGGAAUAAAAGCAAUGCAAUCCUGCGAUGUUGUGUCCUCGGCUGGAAGCCAAAUCCCCGAUGAGCUGGGUGACAAGCUCAUUGACCGUGGUGUCCAUUUGAUAUCCCUCUGGGGCUCGACCGAGACCGGAGCUCUUAUGGACUCUAUGCGCCCCCCGGAAGAUAAGGACUGGUCGUACAUGUCGAUAUUUCCCUCGGUAAGACCUUUCGUGCUGAUGAAGCCGUUGGGAGCACAGAGCUACGAACUAGUAGCACUCAACGGGCUGAAAUCGAAGACUGCUACUAACUCCGACAAUCCGCCGAACUCGUUCCAUACUAGAGACACGUUUGAAGCCCAUCCUACCAAGCCAGAUCGGUGGAAAUAUACCGGCAGGCUAGAUGACAGAGUGACCCUCACAAAUGGCGAGAAAGUGCUGCCCUCAAUCAUGGAAGGCCGUUUACGCCAACACCCCCUGAUUCGGGAGGCUGUUGUGUUCGGCAUCGGGCGAGCUUUGCCCGGUGUAUUACUAUUCCGCAGUGCUCCCGCGGCUGCAAUGAGUGACGAGGAAUUUGUGGAACGUCUAUGGCCUGUUGUUGACGAAGCCAAUUCCAAGGUUGAAUCUUUUGCUUGCAUAUCGAGAGUAAUGAUUGUGCCGAUCGGUGCAGAGGUCGACUACCCCCAGACGGACAAGGGCACCAUUAUUCGGUCUCAAGUGUACAAGGUGUUCGAAAAGGUUAUCGACGACAAGUACGAAACACUAAACAUGAGCGCUAAGGGGGUCUUGAGACUCAAUCAACACGAUACUGAACACUUGAUCCUAGAGAGUUUCAAGCGAGAAGGACCGAUUGAUCUCCUUUCAGCAGACACGGAUUUCUUCUCCGCUGGUGUUGAUAGUCUGCAAGCCACGAAGAUGGCAGCGUUUCUACGAGGAAAGCUGUAUCUCCCAAGUGCAGCCGCAUUGACACCCAAUACAAUCUUCGAACACGCAACUGCGGCGAGAUUGGCCCGAUAUCUGAUUGGGCUCCAGGAAGGAAAAGCAAAUGGGGAAGAGGAUGAGAUAGAAGUUAUGAAGCGGAUGAUCGAGAAAUACUCGACGUUCUCAAUAUUCUUGCCGGUUGAAAGAGAUCUAAGUACGGUUCGUUCCGUGAUACUUACCGGAGCAACAGGCUCUCUGGGCAGUCAUAUCCUUGUCGAACUUCUCCAUCAGCCGGAGAUCCACAAGGUCUAUUGCCUUGUACGAUCUUCGACAGAUGAAGACGCCAAGCAGCGAGUACUCUCCAUUCUUUGGGAUCGAGGUUUGUCUUUGCCAAAAGAACACGAACAGCGUAUCGUUGCCCUCUCCAGUAAUCUAGGUCGCGAAGACCUUGGUCUCCAGCAGCCGAUGCUCAGCGAGCUGCGAAAUAGCGUGUCGUUGAUCAUCCACAAUGCCUGGGCUGUGAAUUUCAACCUGGGCUUGAGCAGCUUCGAGGACCAGCAUAUCAAAGGCACAUGGAACCUCCUCAAUUUUGCCCUGUCGGCCCGAUCAAUGCAGCCUGCGCGAUUCGUCUUUCUUUCAUCAGUCUCGGUAGCUUCCGCGUCAAAGCGGGGGACAGUUGUCGCAGAGAAUCUGCUGGAAGACCUAGGCUCGGCGACUAUGGGCUAUGGGAGGUCAAAGCUGGUCACAGAGCACAUGGUGAACAACGCGGCGAGAUUUGGGGUCGACGGCCGGGUAAUUCGAAUCGGACAAAUCGUUGGGGACAGUCGACAGGGAUUCUGGAACGAUUCUGAGUCGACACCACUCAUCAUCCGCUCGGCACUGACGUUGGGUUGUCUUCCCACGCUGGAAGAGUACUGCUCCUGGAUCCCCGUUGAUGUUGUUGCAAGGAUCAUUGUUGAUCUAUGCUCCGAUGAUACAUCUACCGGAGCAGAAAGCGAAGAUGUCUCAGCUUCAGCAGGAAUCUGCCGAUUCUACAACGUUGUGAACCCAAAGUCAUUCUCUUGGACGGCGGACUUGCUUCCGUCGCUGCGGGAGGCCGGGCUGUCUUUCGAGUCUGUCUCCCCGCAGGAAUGGCUGGCACGGCUGGCAGCAAGUGAACAGGAUCCGAACAUCAACCCCACUGUGAAAUUGAGAUCUAUCUACGAAAGUCGAUACGGGACGAGACCGUGCGUCCCAUAUGAGGAAGGGAGGAGGAACACGGACAAUGUGGCAGCCCCAUGCAUCUCAGGUUCCGUAGAACUCGACACUAGCAGGCUGAAAGAAGUGGAGAAGCAGGUCGUGUUUUCUACGGAGGCGGCACAGAAGGAGAGCGAGACGAUGAGACACUUGCCUGAUGUGCUUGUCGAAGGGUACGUGAAGAAGUUUGUUGCGCGAUGGUUGGAAAAGUGGCAGGGCCAAGGUGUUCGGGGAUUAUGA